UGUUUAUAAAAGGCUGACACCGGUGACAGGGGGCAGGUAGGUGCCGACUCUGCAGUCGGCGUGCAAGCGAGCGAGCGUACGUGGGUAGCACAGCCUUCCCAGUCCGUAGCAUGGCCGAUGCGGAACAGCAGCUGCCGCAGCAACAAGUGCCCGGGGAAGGGCAAGAGGAGGAGGAGGUGGACCAGCCGCUUCCUGCUAUCGACGAACCCUUCCUCCAGGGUGUGCUGCGGAGCCACCUCCGGGACGACGGACUCGUCGUGGACAAAGUCGAUGUCGGUCCGGGCAGUGGACCCGGGGACAACUACAUGAGCACUGUGUACAGUGCCGUAGUGCGUGGCAAGACGGGACGACUAGAGGCGUUCGAGGAGCAGCUGGUGGUGAAGCUGUGGCCGGCGGACGCGAAGCGGCGGCGGCUGUUCCGCUGCGCGCAGGCGUUCAGCCGCGAGGCGUGCGGCUACGGCGAGGUGGUGCCUCGGCUGGGCGCCGCCGCCGCCGCGCUCUUCCCGCGCUGCCUGUACGCCUCGCCCGCCGGCGUCGUCGUGCUGCAGGACCUGCGACCGCUCGGCUUCCGCAUGGCCGACCGCCGCGUCGGCCUCGACCUGCCGCACGCCGAGCUCGCGAUCAGGAAACUGGCCCAGUUCCACGCGACUACGUUGGUUCUGAAGAGGGACAGCCCGGAGACGGCGGAGCGCCUGAGGCGGAUGCUGCAGCCGGACCUGACGUUCGCGACGGCGGCGCGCCUGCUGACGAGCGACUCGGUGGACAACGCGUUCCUCAUGGCCGAGGAGUCGCUGAGCGACGAGCGCCAGUGGGACGAGCCGCUGCGCGCCGCCGUGGCCGCCGUGCGCCCGCUGCGCGACCAGCUGUACGACCGGCUGCGGCGGCUGCUCGCCGACGUCGACGAGGCCACCGCUGUCGUCUGCCACGGCGACAGCAACGCCAACAACAUGCUCUUCCAGUACGACGACCAGCGGCGCCCGCAGGACCUGCGCUUUCUCGACAUGCAGGUGCUGCGGUACGCAUCGGCGGCUACCGACGUGAUGUACCUGCUGUUCACGACCGUGCAGAGUGCCGUCCUCAGCGAACACCUGCAGGAUCUGGUGGGCGCCUAUCACCAGCAGCUGCAGCACGAGGCGGCCGGCGCCGCGGACCACAUCACUCUGGACCAUCUGCAUUCGGAGGUGCAACGCCACGCUCUCUGGGGGCUGCUGAUGGGCUUCUGGCUGAUGCCGGCGAUGAUGAUCAGUCCGCAGAACGUACCCAGUAUGGAGGGCAGCGAGUCGCUGUCCAAGCAGCGCAUCGGCGAGUGGGCGCGCAAGCUGGGCCCCGACUACCGCGUGCGCAUCGAGAGCAUCAUGCGCAGCUACAUCACACUACUGAGGUCUCGGCCAGGUGCCGAAACUGCCUAGGGGCCGGAGCCGGGGGCGGGCCUCUCAGACCUUGCCGUGCACGAUCGUUAAAUUACAGUUUUAAAAUCGACAUUUUAAUUUUAGGGAAGACGGUGUCUCGCCACAAACUGUUACCGAAAUGAACAUUUUAAUAAGAAGUAGUGUUUAGGAAAGGGAACUGCCUCUGACAAACUGACGUAUACUAUUACAGUCUUACGUAAAACGUGGUUUUUACAUCACUGACUCCUACAAUAUUUUAUCGAUGACACUGUUUUACCCACUCACAUUAAUCGAAGGGCGCUAUUACGUUAUAUAAACGAGGAUUAAAUUCGUUUCUACUUAUAAAUCAAUCGUACGCCAACAAUUGCUAAAAAAAUUUUUAAUAGUAAUUUCUUGUACGCAUCAUCUUGUUAUUAUUUAAUUUUAAGUAAUGCUACCCAUUCAGGUACCAAUGUUCACAAGUUAAGAUCACGUUACCAGUCAUUUUAAAGGUUCUUCGCUGAUCACUUCGUGACUGAAAAUCAUUGUCUUUAACGUUUUACUAUCCACAGAGUCAAGAUGUUUUGUUUUGUUUCCUUACCCCUUUUAUGUUUCCUUUAGAUGAAUGCGGUAUAAAAUGAAAAGCACUUUCUUGUACAUAUUGUAAAGAGCCUAGAAUAAACAUUCUUCACUGUUUCCAUA